CUAAAUCCUCCUCAUAUCAUCCACAACAAGCUCUUGUUUUCGAGAUCUCUCUCUUCUCUCUCUCUCUCUCUCUCUCUCUCGUUUUAUCACUUAACAAUGGCGUUUCCUAAGGUUUACUUCGACAUGACGAUCGACGGGCAGCCGGCGGGAAGGAUCGUGAUGGAGCUUUACACCGACAAGACUCCGAGGACGGCGGAGAAUUUCAGAGCUCUGUGCACCGGAGAGAAAGGAGUAGGGCGUGCCGGGAAGCCACUUCACUUCAAGGGAUCUAAGUUUCACCGCGUGAUCCCUAAUUUCAUGUGCCAGGGAGGAGACUUCACAGCCGGGAACGGAACAGGCGGCGAGUCGAUCUACGGGAACAAGUUCGAGGACGAGAAUUUCGAGAGGAAGCACACGGGACCAGGAAUCCUGUCGAUGGCGAACGCCGGAGCCAACACCAACGGAUCUCAGUUUUUCAUCUGCACCGUGAAGACCGAUUGGCUCGAUGGUAAGCAUGUGGUGUUUGGGCAGGUCGUCGAAGGGUUCGACGUCGUCAAGGCCAUCGAGAAAGUCGGAUCUUCGUCUGGGAAGCCAUCGAAGCCGGUGGUUGUAGCCGAUUGUGGUCAGCUUUCUUAGGAUCCAUCAUCUUAGAUCUCUCUCUUUCGCCCCGCUCUACAUAUAUGUCAUGGUUGUGUCUUUGCGUUUGGCGUUAUCUUAUUGGUACGGAGAGAUGUUCUUCCUUCUCCCCUAGUUUGUGUGUUUGGUCACCUUUUACCAUAAUCCAUAAAUAAUGAAUGAGCACUCUACUACUCUUUUUAUCA